GAGACGAGACGGAAAGCCGGGCUUGCCCGUCCAUUAAUGACCUAACGGACCCCACGGCGCGCGCCCACCACCAGUCCACCACCCUCCACCGCCCUCCCUCGCAGGCAGGCAGGCAGCCAGAGCCAGAGCCAGCCGGGCAAGCACUGCAGCAGCCAUUGUACUCAUCACCUCCUUCCCACGCAGCGAGAGGAUGACACCACGAGGCAAAUAAACCCAGACGUAGUUCAGCUAGCCGCUUCUACCUCCCUCUCCCCCCCCGCCUGCGCGCUGCCGCGAGAGCUCGUUCCUGAUGGGGAACUGCGCCGGCGUGGAGGGGAACGCCGAGAUCAACCCUUCCUUCAGUGCCCCCAAUUCCUCAGGGACCGCCGGUUCUAAGAGCGUCAGCAAGAACGCGGCCGACACCAGCACCUUCGGCACCAAGACGUCCGGCUCGUCGUCGUCGGUGCCGCCAACCCCUCGUACGGAGGCGGAGAUCCUGGAGUCGUCGAAUGUCCGCAAGUUCAGCUUCGGCGAGCUCAAAGGCUCCACGAGGAACUUCAGGCCGGACAGCCUGCUCGGGGAGGGGGGCUUCGGGUCCGUGUUCAAGGGGUGGAUGGAUGAGCGCACGCUCGCGCCCGUCAGGCCGGGCGCCGGGAUCAUCGUCGCCGUCAAGAAGCUCAAGCUCGACAGCUUCCAAGGGCACCGGGAAUGGCUGGCGGAGGUCAAUUACCUGGGGCAGUUAUCCCACCCUAAUCUCGUGAAACUCAUCGGCUACUGCUUGGAGGACGAGCAGCGGCUUCUUGUGUACGAGUAUAUGCCGAGAGGGAGCCUGGAGCAUCAUCUCUUCAGGAGUAGGCUCUCUCUCGAGUGUUUCGUUCGCGAUAUCCCUCCAUUCUUGGCUUCUCGCUUUAUGAAAAAAAGGACUGAAUGCUAUGGUGUUGCAGGGGGCUCGAACUUCCAGCCGCUCCCAUGGAACUUACGCAUGAAGGUUGCUCUCGAGGCUGCCAGAGGUCUUGCUUUCCUGCACGGCGACCAGGCCAAAGUUAUCUACCGCGAUUUCAAGACCUCCAAUAUCCUUCUCGACUCGGAGUACAACGCAAAACUGUCUGAUUUCGGUUUGGCAAAGGACGGUCCAAGCGGUGAUAAGAGCCAUGUUUCUACUAGGGUCAUGGGGACACAAGGAUACGCUGCCCCUGAAUAUCUUGCGACAGGCCAUUUGACAGCGAAGAGCGAUGUGUACAGCUACGGUGUGGUUCUUCUGGAGCUGCUGUCCGGGCAGCGCGCUCUGGACAAGAACCGCCCGCCCGGUCAGCACAAUCUGGUGGAGUGGGCUAGACCUUACAUCACCAACAAGAGGAGGGUCAUUCAUGUCCUGGACUCACGGCUGGGUUCCCAGUAUUCCCUUCCCGCGGCUCAGAAGGUGGCAACACUGGCGCUGCAAUGCUUAUCGAUGGACGCACGAUGCAGGCCUGGCAUGGAUCAGGUUGUGACUGCAUUAGAACAACUUCAAAGGCCAAGGGCUCACUGAAAAAGAUGUCCAUCUACAUCUGUGGAGUCUGGAGCAUCCUCCUGUAAUACUUUAGGGGAGUAAAAAAACAGAGAACGGACGAGGGUUUGAAGGGCUAAGUGGCUUGUGAAGAGAAUAUAAUAUUGCCUUGCUUUGUGUACAGCUAGUUGCUUCGUCGUUGUAACUUGGGUCUCUACUUAUAUAUUUUAUUAGUCUUCGAUGUACCAGCGGUUCAAAGGGUAAGUUCUUUUGUUCCACUUCA